AUGUCUUCCAAGAGGAAAAAGAAGGCAGCUCUUUAUGAGAAGUUACGUGCUGCUACCAAUUCCAAUGCUAUGAACAAAACUUCAAUCAUAGUAGAUGCAUCAAAAUAUAUAGGAGAGUUGAAGAACAAGGUGGAUAGACUAAACCACGAGAUUGGAACAUCAUCAAGCCCUCGAAAUUCACUACCUGCGCAGGUCACAGUGGAAACCCUAGAAAAAGGUUUCCUUAUUAAUGUAUUCUUAGAAAAGAAUUGCCCUGGUUUACUUGUCUCCAUACUUGAAGCCUUUGAGGAACUAGGCCUUGAUGUGCUUGAUGCUAGGGUUUCUUGUGAAGACAGUUUCCAACUUGAAGCAACUGGGGGAGACCAAAACCAAGGUCACGAUGCUCAAGUCGUGAAACAAGCAGUGCUGCAAGCUAUCCAUAACUGGAAUGAAGGUAGCUAG